CUGACAGCAUCCUCCUCUGUCACGGACGCGCACACAGCAGCUCAACAUUUGAGAAUACAGCUUAGCCUUCUGCACACACACACACAUCCUCCUAAAGAUACAUUUUUACAUCACAUUAUUACAUUUAUCGCCAUUAUUUCUUCACUGGACAUUGAUGCAUUUGCCUCAACGGUCGCCGUAGCGGUCCAUCCGAUCGUUAUUGCUCUUGUUUCCUUCCUCCCCGCAUCCAGAGACUGAUCUACGCUACAAGAUGGCUGAGUUGAAUUUGGGGAAGGGGCUGACCGCAGGGAAAGUGGCCAGCAACGUUCAGAAGAAGCUCACGAGAGCCCAAGAAAAGGUUCUUCAGAAGCUUGGCAAAGCCGACGAGACCAAAGAUGUUGCGUUUGAGGAGGGAGUGAUCAACUUCAACAAACAAUAUGCUGAAGGCAGCAAACUGCAAAGGGACCUUAGGGCAUACCUGGAGGCAGUGAAAGCCAUGCACGAGUCCUCCAAGAACGUGCAGGCAUGUUUGAAUGACAUGUAUGAGCCAGACUGGUACGGCAAGAACGAAGUGGAAUCCAUCGUGGAGGAUUGUGAUGUGCUGUGGACUGACUACCACCAAAAACUGGUCGAUCAUGCUCUCAUCUCCAUGGAUACUUACCUGGGCCAGUUCCCAGACAUCAAGGCACGUAUAGCUAAGAGGGACAGGAAGCUGGUGGAUUACGACAGUGCCAGGCACAACUAUGCCACCACGCACAAGACCAAGAAAAAGGACGGGGGUAUUAAAAUCACCAAGCCCUCCUCUUUGUUGGAGAGAGCCACUCCAGGCUGGGCUCAGGGUAUCUUGUCUGCACACAAUGUUGCCCAGAGCAGUCUGUCCAGGAGCCAGGCUGAGGAAGAGUUGGAGAGAGCCCAGAAGGUGUUUGAGGAGAUUAAUAUUGACUUGCAAGAGGAAUUGCCUUCACUCUGGAACAGUCGUGUUGGGUUUUAUGUCAGCACCUUCCAGAGUUUGGCUGGGUUUGAGGAGAAGUUUCACAAGGAAAUCAGCCGGUUGGAUCAGGAUUUGUACGACAUCUUGGUGAAACUUGAGAAAACAGACACAAGCAGAAAGACAGGUGCAAGAGGCGCCUCAUCGUCAGGAACAAAUAGGAGUGUGGGUGCGAAAGAAGCAUCUAACCACACUCUCAGGCCAGGAGGACCACCGCCAAUCCCCAAAUCUCCAUCCAAGCUAAGGCCUGCAGUGCCUCCUCCACCCAAGGUGACCCCAUCUCGGGAGUUGAAAACAGAGAACAUCAUCGGCCUGUUUGAUGCUGCAGCUACUCCUGAUAUCAGCGUCACCUCCCCUACAGAGUUUGACAGUCCUGCAGUGAGCAGCCUGUUGGACAUGGACCUGGACUCUUUCAGUGCAGCAACCAAAGCCUCCACGGUCACACAGCCUGCAAACUGGGACUCAUGGCAUGAGGACAGUGGUGCCCAGGAAGAGGACACCAAGGAGCACUAUGACCCUGUGGCUGCUGCUGCAGAUGCCUGGGGGGAUGAUGGUUCGCAACCUGUCCGCUAUGAUCCCAUAGCAGCUGCCACAGAGGGCUGGGGGGAUGACGGAACCCUACCUGUGCGCUAUGACCCUGUGGCUCCGACUCAAAAGGGAGGGGGGGAUGAUGAGAGCCAGGAGGUUCAUUACGACCCCGUGGCUCAAGUCCAGGAUGACUGGGGCGAUGACGGGGGCGAGCCGGUCACAGACGUGCCCGUCCCAGAGGAUGAAACACCUGCAGCUGAGGCUCCAGCUGAUGCCGCUGAGGAAGAAGCCACACCGGCUGCCACCACGUUGGAUGAUGAAGAGGGACAGGGUGAAUCUGCAGCAGCUGCUGCAGCAGCACCAGAGGAGCCAGCGCCAGCAGAGGAGACACCUGAAGUAGCGGCAGAAUCAACAGAAGUAACAUCACAGCCUGCAGACAUGCCACCUAGCUAUUUGUUCAAGGUCCAGGUGAUGCAUGAUUAUGCUGCCAACGACACAGACGAGCUGGAGAUGAAGGCUGGUGACGUGGUGCUGGUAGUCACCUUUGACAACCCUGAAGAACAGGAUGAUGGCUGGCUGAUGGGAAUGAAGGAGGACGACUGGCAGCAGAACAAAGAAAAUGCCACUAAAGGAGUAUUCCCUGAGAACUUCACUCAGAGGCUGUGAGAGAGGAGGACAGGGCGUCAUUCCAGCUUCCUUCUUCAUGUCUCUCUUCCUCUUGCCUCAAUCCUUCCUUCCCUCUCUUGCCCUGAUACUGUAUCUUUACUAGGACUUUGGCCAUAGAAGCAGAGCUGUCACAGCCCUGGCUGAAAUCAUGCAUUUCUAAGGUCUGCUACACUGUGCUAAAAGUGGAUCUUGGCAUUUUUGUGGAUUUCUGCAUUAAUUUACAAUUAGAGAUGUAGCCAUUUCACAGGUCCCACUCUUUACUGUCUUGCUGCACUAUUGCUACUACUCCAUACUGCAGGAAUUGACUAAAGAGUCCUGAUCAUACAGGAUGGAUGCAGGGAUGGGUGCCUCUGCAAUGGCUACUGCUACAGCACAUUAUAAUGUUUUAUUCUCAGCCUUGUCUCAUCACAAACUCUCCAAGGCAUACUCCACCACCAUGAGAGAGAAAAUGUCUUUUGAGAUGUGCUUUUGUUCAUUUGAUACUGAGAGAUUGAGAACAGUGUACAAUAAUUAAGAUAAUGCCAAGUGUAGCAGAGUAUCCCGUCCACACAUACAAGCCCUAAAAAUUUCUUUUAUAAAGGAUGGGGUGUAAUUACGAAAGCCAGGCUGACAGGAAGGUCAUCACGAACCGAGUAGGGUCCUCAUUAUGUUCAGAAACAUUCACCCAGCAGAAUUACACUCUGAAAAAGUAGAACCAACUCCUGGCAGACAAUGUCACCCCAGUCAAAUUGCAAAAAAGGCCUUUGAAUCAGCACCUAACCAGCCAAACAAAACAAAGGUUACACUAUUGUAACUCUAGUUCUAUUAGCACAGACAGAGCCCUCUGCUGGACUCCAUGGGUAAUACUCUCCUCCAAUUAGGAGCAUGCAUUCACCCACUAGAAUUUGCAUAAACAUAACCAGCCAAUCAGGACGUGCCUUCACAAAAACAUGUGGAGCUCAUAGUAUAUAAGGUGACAUAUGAUGCUGUCAGCCAUCCUGCACCCUCUUCAGUGAGUGGUGUAGGAGUGACAGGGCCCCUGGGAGAGAGCUACACCUGUGCUAAUAGAACUAGGGUUACAAUAUAGUAACCUUUUUGUUAUCUCACAUGGGCUCCGCCUCUGCUGGACUCUAUGAGUAAAGUGGGUGGAGCUUGGUGAGUGAACGCCCUGUCGCAACAUAGCAUCGACCCAGCCGCACUGAUCUUGACCGGCUAAAGUCUUCUUGCCACAGCCUACCUCUCCAUAACUUAGGCCACCGCAGUGGAGAAGUAGGAGGCCCCAGCCACCCCAGGUGUUAUGUAACCAAACUAGGUGGAGCUAUGGCACUGGAACAUGUAGGUGUAUCAUACCCAGAGGGGGAGUCAGGUGCAAAUUUGGCUGACAGCAUCUUAUGUCACCUUAUAUACAGUGGGCUCCACACUUAUUCGGGAAGGUAUGUCCUGACUGGCCAGCUAUAUUCAUCCAAAUUUCAGUGCCACUGAAACCCAUAGAGUUGAGUACAGGGCUGAGACUGUGUGAGAUAGAACAAAAUUAGAAAUCUCAUCCACAACUGGAAUGUUACUAAUGUUGCUGAGGCAGGUCUACGUCUUCUCAUGCUCAAGCGGUUUGUUGAAACAAAUCUCUGUUUUUUGGCAAUAGUCUGUUUUAGCCACAUGUGUAGCCAUCAAGUGUCAUAUUUUGUCUUGGACAUCUUGGGCAUGCAGGUUCCCUCACCUGUGCCCAUUUGGUUAUUUUUGGUGGCUGGCUGCAAUUCUGACCAUAUAUAAGUGGAGGCGUAGCAGAGAGUGCGUCAGUAAGGACUAAGCAUUUAAGUUUGGUGCCAGUGUUUGCUAUUCACUGAUUCACAAUCACUCUGAUCAGUCCUGGGGUUCUGCUGCUGACACAAUGCCUGUGGGACACAUUCAGCCUGUCUUUUAUUCCUCCUUAAAUACCUACUAGUGACACACUGAAACAUGGGCCCCUAGUUGUUGUAUUAGCUUAGAUCCAAUGGUGGUUUAAGUAGUUUGAACCUUUUGUUUUUAAAAAAAAAUCCAAACAAAUGCAUAUGCAUUGAGCUGGCCAUCACCCUAGUUAAAGACAGCAGGAAUUUAAUAGAAAAUGUUUCAAAAAUCCAAACAGAAAUAUGAUCACAGAGUCCAUUAGAGCAGAAAAACAUGACUGUUUUCGUCUUCAGCAGUCAUGUUUUUUAUUCUUUGUUGUUGAAAUUAGUGUGAAGUUGUGUGGAGUGGGCAUGUUGAAAAAUCUUUUCAAGGAUUUUGUUUUUGUUUGUUUGUUUCACAAGGGAUUCCAAAUAUGCAUUAGCCUGGCUCGCUAGAAAGGCUAGCCACCAAACUACAACAAUGAGACGCUGCUACUGGUAGUAUAAUAGUUAGGCAGAUAUGGUUACAUCCAGAUGCUAAUGAAAUAUAUAAUAACUGAGCCAGCCUCAUUCGUUUAUGAAAAAUGUGCCGAACACAAUUCCUUCCGUUUGCAUAGAGACGACUGCCUCCAAUGCAGAUGAUUCAGAAUAUGCACCAGAGCAACUUCUUUUAUUUUUGUAUGCUGCCAAGCAAUGAUUACAUAUAGCCUAAUGUAUAACUAUGUCAACAUAAUUGCCAACUUACUGUAGGAUGUUAUGGAGUGUUUUGUACUUCUGUCAGGUUUACUGCUCUCAACAUAGCCGCUUACUGUACAGUAGGUAGUUCAAACUAUCUCACUCUCAUUCAGUCACUGACUCAGAAGAGAUUCACAUUUCUCAUGAUGUUAUUAACAUGUAAUAAGCGUGCGUGAAAACGGUUGUGUGUGAAUGUGUGUGCGUGUGUUUACGGGGUUGUGUGGAAACAUAAAUUCUUUAUCUAUAGGCUAUUGUUAUUGGACGAUAUCACCGCCACCUACCAGGGGAUGAGGUCGUUCGUUUACAGGAAGUUUUUUCCGACUGGACAAAGACAAACAUGUUAGGGUCAUUUUCCACUGGCUGGUAUUAUGGUUUCAGGUGUUAUUGUGCAUUUGUUGUGUAUAAGUGUAAUUUUGCCAAGCUGUGAUGACAGAUACAUAUUCUAUAAAGACAUUCAUAUCUGUAUGUGAGUUACUGUGAGCAUGCUGACUUCCCAUGUGUUGUUGUGUGAACACCCUUAAUUUAUGACGAUGAUGCUUUGGUGACUUUUGAGGCAGCUGAAACCGGCAAUUUGUUAUUAUUUUUUGUAAAAUAAUUUAUUUUGUUAAUCCUAGUAAGGGGGAUGGUCGGCAGUUAUAUAUUUUGUUUUUCCACCAUUCCCUCUCAAAUCAUUCCUGAUUAUAAUUGCCGGUUGUCUGUCAGCCUUGCCUCAAAAUGUUGCUGGGGGAUCGUGGUCCAAACAGACUUAAACAUAAUUACACAGAGACAGGACACAUAGAGAAAAGCUCCAAAACCACCAGACUCAGGUGGACAGAUUUUUUGUAAUGGUUUUCAGUAUUUUAACCACUUGAGAUGUGCAUGAUUUUUUUCAUAUGUAUUUUUGAAAAAAAAAAAAAAAAAAGCCUCACAUGUGAGAACAUCACCUGCACAUUUAGGUAAACCAACCACUUUCAUAUUUUUAUUUUUUAAAACAUAUGUAACUUGUUGAGUGUUUCACCUGGGUCUGGUUCUCUAUUUGUCUAUGGAUGAUGAUGUCUCCUGUGAUGCGUUAUGGGAUACAACAAAAAGGUUUUUCCUCUACCUAACCGACCAAUAAUAAUAAAGAUUACGUAGAAUCUCC